AUGGAAACGAACGCGAAAGCGGAUGAGGAGCGUGCGCGUCUGCAGCGGCGGACGGCUCUUAAGCAACUGAACACUGCGAAUGCAAAUGGCGCUGGAAAGUCACUGGAUAGUUCGUUGAAACGCCACACUGCUCUGAUCAAACGGAUGCGGCAGUCGAUUGGCGCGGACAACCGGGAUACGAUCCUGAAGGACGUCGAGCAGCUCGCGCUCGAGAAAUAUAUUGAGGAAAUAGCUGGAGCUAUACCGGAGGGAAUUGCGCGGUGCAAGACGGACAAGGACGCGUGGGCGGCGACCGAAGUGAUCUCGGCACUUCACCGCCGAUUCCCCGCCACAUUCACGCCCGCCAUCAUUUCCUCCCUCGGUGCCGCCCUUGCGCCGACGCCCAAGGCGGCAUUGGCGGCCAUGUCGCCCGAGCAGCGAGAGAAGGAGGAACAGGCGCGCGUCACGAGACAGAGACCUGUGCUCCGCGUCUGUUCUGAACUCGCGCUCGUCGGUAUUAUCCGUGAUGCACCCGGACGGGCCGGUGGCGAAUGGAUCAUGCGCGCUCUGCGCGAGCUGCUCAGCGGGGACCCCAGUCUUAGCAGUCUGCCGCUGCUUACGACGUUCUUGAAGAGCUAUGCUCGGCCAUACCUCGGCCUCAAUCCUCCAGCCAGCACGAACAAGCAAGUCAGCGCUGAUGUUCAGCCGGGCGCUUUGAGUGCGGAAGCGGCGUCGGACUUUCCGGAACUGGGCGGUGCUGCAAAGGAAGAGGAGGAGCUGGUGGAGAAGGAGAUCAGGGAGCGGUUCAAGAAGAUGUGUGAAGGCUACUUUGACAAUGUGGCGAAGAAGCUUGUCAUUGAACAUAAGCGCCUUCAAGAGCAGGACCGCAGGAAUCAUGAAGCGUACAUUCGCUCCGGCGAGAUAUUCGAAGAUAGGCAGCAAGCAUACGAGAAGAUGACGAAGAGCUACGAGAAGCUUCAUGCGUCUUGUCAGACGCUAUCUGAGCUGCUCUACAUGCCGAUGCCUUCGCUGCCCACGUCUUCAUCUACCUCCGCCUCAAUUCAGAUUGGCACAGAUGCAGGCGGCAACCUACGCGAUGAAGACGAGAUCGUAGUUGGUGGAAAGUGGGAGGAUGAGGAAGAACGUCGCUUUUUUGAGGAUCUGCAGGAUCUCCGUGAGAUGGUUCCGCGUAGCGUGCUUGGCAUCGAGGAGGAGGACCUGAAGGAAUCUGUCGAGUUAACGCCCGAAGAAAAGGCAAAGAUGGAAGAAGAGGAAGUCCGGAAACUUGAGGAGGAGUUGGCCAAGCUAGCGGAGUCGCCUGAGCAACCGAAUACGGAGGAGAGCGAGAAAGUCGAGAGUGAAGACGAAGAAGAGGAUGGAGCGGCAACGCCUGUUCCCGGUACACCAAAGGAGGCUUCGCCGUCUGGAACGCCUGUCCUCGCGCCACAAGGGCCUAGUCAGAUGCUUACGGCCCUUCUCGGUCGACUGCCUGAUUGCACAAAUCGCAACAUGAUUGAUCAAGCGGCGACCGAGUUCGCGUUCUUGAACUCUAAGGCUGCGAGGAAGCGUCUCGUGAAGUUCUUGACGCAGGUACCCAAGAACAGGACGGAUGUCCUGCCGCACUACUCCAGGCUUGUCGCGACUCUCAGCAAAUAUAUGCCUGACAUCGGCACUGAGCUCGUGGCAGCGCUCGACGAAGAGUUCCGAUACCUCCAGCGCAAGAAGAACGUCGUCAAAGAACUCGCCGACACCCGCCGCAAAAACAUCACCUUCAUCGCGAACCUGACCAAGUUCCGCGUCGUUCCGCCCCACGUCAUCCUCCACAUAUUCAAAGUCUGUCUCGACGACUUCACCGGUACCAACGUCGACAACAUCGCCAUGCUCCUCGAAGGUUGCGGGCGCUUCUUGUUACGUCAUGACGAGACGUCUGCGCGGUUCGGGGCGAUGCUCGCGCUCAUGAAGAGAAAGCAGAGCUUGAUGCAUUUCGAUCAGCGCCAGGUGUUGAUGCUUGAGAAUGCAUACUACCAAGCCAACCCUCCCGAACGAGCACCCCGCACCGAGAAACAUCGUCCGCCUCUUGAACUCUUCGCCCGCCAUUUGCUUUACGACGUCCUCUCCAAGCGCACACUCGACAAGGUCCUCAAACUCCUGCGCAAGCUGGACUGGAACGAUCAAGCCGUCGUACGACUAUUGCACAAGAUGUUUACGAAGCCUCACAAGCUCAAGUUCGGCAACAUUGCGUUGUUGGCGAUGCUUUGCUACGACCUACAGAGAUACCAUCCGGAGUUCAGCAUUGGAGUCGUGGAUACUGUUUUCGAAGAUGUCAGAAGAGGUUUGGAGCAGAACAUUUACUCGGCGAAUCAGAGGAGGGUCGCAACGAUCAAGUAUCUGGGCGAGCUGUACAUCUACCGGUUGAUCGGGUCAGCGCUGGUGUUCGACACGCUUUGGUCGCUGGUGACAUUCGGGCAUCCGGAGGGACAUCCCUUGCCGCAGUAUCCCUGCACUAUCGACAUGCCGGACGACUUCUUCCGCGUACGUCUUGUCUGCACCUUACUCGACACAUGCGCGAUGUGCUUCGAUCGGGGCAGUCAGCGCAAGAAGCUUGAGAACUUCGUCGUGUUCUUCCAUUACUACAUUCUGUGCAAGGAGCCGCUUCCGAUGGAUGUGGACUUCAUGCUCUCAGACUCGCUCGAGGCUCUCAAGACGAAGGUGGCGCAGCCCAAGACUCUCGAGGAGGCCGCCUCCGCCGUGGAUGCGAUGUUCGCCACCGCAUUCCAGAAUGCCGGCUUGAAAACGUCUGAGGACGCCGAGGAUAGCGACAGCGGUGACGAGGACGAAGAGCGUCCUACGACUUUGGACGAAGAAGAUGAAGAAGACGCCGGCGCGGAGACCUCACCCAUUGAUCGCGGCCCGUCCCCUGAACCCGAGCUCGUUCUCAAGCCACAGGAGAACCUCGGACCAGACGAAGAAGCCGAAGCCGAGUUCGCGCGGGAGUUUGCUAGGAUGGUAUCCGAUACGUCGACAGACGCGCGCAAGGUCGAUCGCCGCACUGCUCAAGCUCUGUGGGAAAAUGCUGUUCUACCUUCUGUUGCGCGUCCUCGUCAAGAUGCUCAGGCCGAUGAGGGCACGAUGUCCUUCACGGUGCUCACCCGCCGAGGCAACCCGAAGUCCGCGCGGACUUUGGCAGUCCCGGCUGAGAGCGCUCUCGCAGUGCAGACCAGGGAAGCGAGGACUAGGGAACAGGUCGAACAUCAGCAACUCAAGCGCCUCGUACUGGACUACGAGCAACGCGAAGAGCAAGAAGAGCGCGAACGCGCCGUAGUCGAGGCUCAAGCGCGCGCGCGGCCAGUCAAAAUUCGUAUAGCCGGAUAG